CAGAGCGGUUCAAUUUUCGCGGCCGACAAAAAAAUCGUCUUCUUUCUUCAACGCCCGUGCUAUUUUUUUCUCGCCCGAACAUGACAACUUUCUGACAUGUUGCGAUCCUUUGCAGUGCCAGUCGACCGCCUCGGCAGGGGAACCCCCGCACUUAACAGUAACAAACAUCAUGAAUAAAGGUUUAAAGAUAGGCUAGGCCUGGGGGCAUCACAGAAUGAGUAGUCAGGAUGAGACAGCCAGCCUACUAGUGGGCCAGCCCUCCUUGACCAGCACCUCCUCGCCAGCGAAUUGUUCCAAGCCAGUUUUGAUGCGACAGGAAUGCACCACGUUUCUGGUCUCGUCACAACAUCCUCAGUUAUCGGUUUUCUCUGACAGCGAAGAAGACGGAUCGCUCUGUCUCGAAGAGAAUAGCACUCGUUCUGUUCCCGACAUAGAAUUACAUUGCAGACUAGACGUGAAAGGAUGCAAGCAAAAUAUCUCGUCGCACCCAACGCGCAAUCGCAGUUCAUCCAAUGCCUUCCAGCUGGCACCAUAUUCCUCCUUAACGAAUACCAGGGGCAUUCUGGAGCGAAGAACGUCCACCACACCGGCGUCCACACUGAAAAUUGGACGCUCAGUAUCGAGGGAGAGCGUCAGGUCUAUCCACCAUUGUACCUGCCCUUGCCUCAAUGCUCCGGUGUCGUGCAGUUCGUGUCCAGUCGCGCCCGCCUCCUCUGUGGUCACCACGUUACCGAGCUCCAGGAUAAUUCGCCAAAGUUCGCAACCGGAAGCAUCGGCCGCCCCAUGUUGUGGAACAGGCUGUGUUCAUCAUGGGGUGGCUGCCCACCCAUCCACCUCUCUCAGACAGCUAAGAGACCACGAUGCAGGAGGCAUAGCAGGCAUCGCGGCUGAUUCGCUUCGAAUCAACGGCGCCAUGCGCAAUUUUCGCCAGGGUUCUGGCAUGCUGUCUUCUUCUCAAACAAUGGCGCAGGCGCGAAGAACAAGACUCAAGCGCGCCCUUACAGAAGUCUCCAGCGACACAGUGUCCUAUGUAAAAACGUUGAGGAAACCAGUCUCAACCCUAUCCAUUCCCGGGGCUGUGAAAAACUCAAGCAGGGAUUCGGCGGGGGGCGGGGGCAAGAUGCAGCAAGAAGAAGGAGCCGGGGUAGCCCUGGUGGGCCACGUGGACUACCCGAGGUUCAUGGAGGACCGCACGAUAGGCACGGGGUACAAGGGGCCCUCGUCAGGUAGCCUCAAGCACAAGCCGAACGUAGGCUAUAGGUUAGGUCGGCGUAAAGCCCUCUUCGAAAAGCGGAAACGGAUAAGCGACUACGCCUUGGUGAUGGGAAUGUUCGGGAUUAUUGUUAUGGUUAUAGAAAAUGAACUUUCAAGUGCCGGAGUUUAUCGGAAAGAUGAAUUUUACUCAAUUGCGCUCAAAACUUUGAUAUCUGUAUCGACUGUGAUUCUUUUAGGCCUCAUUGUAGCCUACCAUGCUUUAGAAGUACAGCUCUUCAUGAUAGACAACUGUGCGGACGACUGGCGGAUCGCGAUGACCUGGCAGCGAAUAUGCCAAAUAUCCAUGGAAUUAAUAAUUUGUGCAGUGCAUCCGAUUCCGGGCCAUUACCGCUUCGUGUGGACCACGAAACUAGCCAACAGACAAAACGGUGGCAUCGGAUCGAAAUGCGUGCCGUACGACGUUCCCCUCUCUUUGCCAAUGUUCCUCAGACUCUAUCUCAUUUGCCGAGUGAUGCUGUUGCACAGCAAACUGUUCACCGACGCGUCGUCGCGCAGCAUCGGCGCAUUAAAUCGGAUUAAUUUCAACACGCGGUUUGUGCUCAAAACGCUGAUGACCAUCUGCCCAGGUACGGUCCUGCUGGUGUUCAUGGUGUCGCUGUGGAUCAUUGCCAGUUGGACUCUGCGCCAAUGCGAGAGAUUCCAUGAUGAAGAGCAUGCAAACCUUCUAAAUGCAAUGUGGCUUAUAGCCAUAACGUUUCUUAGUGUAGGAUUUGGUGAUAUUGUGCCUAACACGUACUGCGGUAGAGGUAUAGCAGUGAGCACUGGUAUUAUGGGUGCAGGAUGUACAGCGUUAUUAGUAGCGGUAGUUUCUAGGAAGUUAGAGCUAACAAGAGCUGAAAAACACGUUCACAACUUCAUGAUGGACACACAGCUAACGAAGCGGUUAAAAAAUGCUGCAGCAAAUGUUCUAAGAGAAACAUGGUUGAUAUACAAGCAUACAAGGCUAGUGAAAAGAGUUAACCCAGGUAGAGUUCGGACACACCAAAGAAAAUUUUUGCUUGCUAUAUACGCACUAAGAAAAGUAAAGAUGGAUCAAAGAAAGCUCAUGGAUAAUGCCAAUACAAUCACAGACAUGGCAAAGACGCAAAAUACCGUAUAUGAAAUAGUUUCCGAUAUGAGCACCAGGCAGGACACGUUGGAAGACCGCCUAACAAAUAUGGAAGAAAAACUAUCUGCCCUGCAAGAACAGCUAGAUCUUCUUCCGGACUUAAUAGCUUCGAGAAUACAGACGCAGCAAGAGAAGAUAGAGCAGAGGAGAAACUUCCUGCAUCCAGAAUCUGCUGCAGGAUUGCAACAAUCCAGGAGCGUCCCCCCGGCCUGUCCCUGGCCAGGACCCGCUGCGAUGCCAAACGUGUCCAGACCGGCAACAACCACAACACAAAGCUAGGGAUAAGCCAACUAUUGUAGUAUUUGUUAAGGACUAUUUUAUAAAAAGGACGAGAUUUUAAUUUAAAACGCUUAUUUUUAUUUGAAUAAAUGAAAAAAGUAAAUCUUCAAUAAGUUCGUUCACAAAUUAAUUAAAAUAUAGAGUAAGAAAAGCUAAUACAAAAAAGUGUAUGUAAUAUCAGAAUUUACUAUCGAAUGGUUAUACAGGGUGAGUCUUAAAUAUGCGCAAAUAUUUUCAGGGCUGGUAGAUCUCUAUAAAAUAAACAUAU